ACAUCAUGGGAUCUACACGUCCUAGUGUGUACUGAAAUAUCAUAUGCUUUGGGGCUGAUACAUUGUAAGCUGGUGUCAGAUAACUACUCAUGUCAUUGAGCGUGAAUGUUGACAUGGGAGAUGUAUUCGAUGGAACGUUACGUGAACAUCAUAUCAUGUGCGUGUUUUUAUUUCAUAAGAUAGAAAAACAGGACAGAAGCAUAUACUAGUUUAACUGUCAUCUUUCAGUGGGAAACCGAUCAACCCGGGCAAGAAUGGCGUCCUUCAUUAAGGUAUUACGGCAGCUUCUAAUCCUGGUACUUGUCCUCGCUUCCGGCAUGUUGGUCUGGAAUUUCGAUCGCCUAACUACCAGCAGAAAAUACCAGCAUUAUCGGAAAGCCUUAUCUUGGAAAUUAACAAAUGAUACGAAAAGCAAUUUGACCGACGUUCAAUAUUUAAAAAUUGAUACAGGAAACUGGUCAGCGUUCCCGUACCCUUUGAAUGUCGAUAUGGUUGAGCUCGUGCGAAAACUGAAGUCAAAUAUACCCGUGGAACACAAACCUUUAUUUGUAUACCAAUACAACUUUAAGCACUACCGCAUAGACAAAUGUGUUGAUGGUUCGCCAUUUUUUAUAUUUCUCAUCAAAUCCGCUGUUAACAAUGUGAAAAACAGGGUGGCGAUCAGAGAAACCUGGUCACACUCAAGUCUGAUGGAAAAAUAUAACAGCGUGAGAUUGUUUCUGGUCGGAACCCCAGACACACAGCUUAAACGAUCGGCUGUAGAGGAAGAAAAUGACCUCCAUAAAGACAUUAUCAUAAUGUCAUUUCGUGACAGUUACCAUAACAACACAUUAAAGACAAUCGGAGCGAUUCAUUGGACCGUACAGCACUGUAACCGUUCUAAGUUUGUAGUUUUUGUCGAUGACGAUAUGCUGGUAUCUACUACACGUUUGGUGACGUUUUUAAAAAACGAAGCGAAUUUGAGCACUUUUUUUGGAGGGUAUAUAUCGAAGCAUCGAGCUGUUAGAAAUAAAAAGUCUAAAUGGUAUGUGUCUCAAAAGGACUACCCCCAUGUUUCGUAUCCUCCAAUGCCUUCAGGUGGAUUUAUGAUCACGACCAUGAACUUUGUAAUCGACUUACACAUCGCUUCGCAGUUCACAAAAAGAUUUAUUCUAGACGACUGUUAUCUUGGAAUUCUGGCCUAUAAACUUCAUGUUAAACCUGUGUACAUCCGUUCUGUGUAUGUUGUACCUAUACAUAAUAGCAGCAGGUUGUUUAACACUAAACUUAUAGCAGCACAUGGGUAUAAUCCCCCCAGUCUUAAAAGUGCAUGGAAAGCAUUGCAAAUAAAAUUUCAUCCGUAGCAUUUAAUCAAGUUAACAAGUCUUGGUGAAUAUCGGUUAUAAAGUAUUUACUAACUGACUUAUCUGAAGACGUUUCAUUUGUCGAUCAAUACAAUACUGAUAUUACAUUUUGCAUAGUUACCAGAAAAAAAUUCGGCCAAGUAACACAGUGUGAUGGAUCGAAGCAGUGCGAUUCGACCAACACCGUUAUGCCAUACAAGGAAACAUUGUACAUAACUAUUAUAAUUUAUGUAUGGCCUUUAACAAAGUGCGUCAUAUUUAGACAAGGAAAGACCUGUAACACACACAAAAGAAUACAAUGGAUACGUUUGACAACACAUUAACCUGAACAAAGACGCGAGUAUAUAAGACGGUAAAUUACAAAUGAACAAUGACAAUGCAAACAUUACUUUGCCAGAGUUACCAGGGCUGCUAUGGAUGUGUAUCGGCUCCUAUGAGCCCUGGAGAGGAAUUGAUGGAGAGAGUUGGAUGGGUUCGUGACAGGAACUCUGGUCUGCCCGGGCAUUCCGUUCAUACUGCUCUCCCUAUUCAACCAAUCACACGCGCAGGUACAUACUGACAUGUACUUGUGUAAUAAUUAAAAUGUUUGACACGUGUUAUAUGAUGUGUAAGUGCAUUGAACUUAGUACACAUGAGGUACAAGGUUACAUGGGCUACAUUAUUACGAGGGUACACGCCAUGUUCUGUAACGGUACUUAACCUGUAGUGUUAGCUUGCUUGGUAUGUUAAAUUGCUUAAUUAAUUAAUCCUGGCCUAGUUCCAAGGUCACGAAUGGGAGAUGUUUCCUAACAGCAUUGGAAACCAUUUGAGCGAUACGCUUUCAACAGACUUUUUAAUGUUUGAUACAUUAAUGUUAUUGAUAAAA